AUGACGGACGAAACGCAGGUCGCCGAUGAGGUCCCUCAGUUCUCCUUCAAAAAACGAUCAAACAAGGCCAAGGCCAAUUUUCGCAAGAAGCCCGAAGCGCCGCCACCUGCUUCGGACUCCGAUUUCACGUCGUCCGAUGAUGAAGAGGGCCGCAGAAUCAAAAGGCGCCGCAAGAACGCAGCAGUGACAGCCUCGUCUACAACCAAUGCACCCCGGAGAGACGAAGAACAGCCCGUCACAGCCACACCGAUCCCAUUGCCAUCCAGCAACGAUGCCACCAAGCAUUCGAACUGGUAUGAUGACGAGUUGGACGCAAAGAAUCUCUUGGGGAACACGCGGGCCCAACCAACCUCGAACGCCCCCUCUGCAUCAGAUGGCACGUACAAAGGCGCGGCGAAUUACCAGUCUUUCAUCCAAAAAAACCCCGAUUCUCUGGCAAAACAGUUCGGUCCGAUCAAAGCCCCCACCAACAUUCGUACUGUGACGUUUAUGGAUUACACGCCAAACGUCUGCAAAGACUACAAACAGACGGGCUGGUGCGGAUUUGGGGACGGGUGUAUCUACGCUCAUAUUAGAGAAAACGUCUUGCAGGGCUGGGAAUUGGACAAAGAAUGGGAUAAAAACACUCAAGGAAAGAAAUUGGAUGGAAAGGUCGUCUCCCAACGUGGGGGUGACAAACCAAAGGACGACGACGAUGAGGAUGAGGAGCUUCUCGAAAGCAUUCCAUUUGCCUGUAUCAUCUGCAAGAAGUCAUAUCAAAACCCGAUUGUCACCAAGUGCGGGCAUUAUUUCUGCGAGUCUUGCGCCUUACAGCGAUAUCGGAAAAAUCCGUCAUGUGCUGCAUGUGGAGCUGGCACUGGCGGGGUGUUUAACACCGCGAAGAAGCUGAAUCAAUUAUUGGAGAAGAAGAGAGAGCGUGCAAGGAAACGCCGGGAGCAAGCCAUAGCCGACGGCGAAGAAGUCAGCAGUGAAGAAGAGGAAGAGGCCGAAAGCGCUUAG